CAACACAACCAUUAAAUCACAAUUAAAAUCACCACGACCAAUUCAUACACGCACAUGGAGUACCCAGCUACUCUGGCCGAGUGUCACGUGGGCUUUAUUGGGGCCGGCAAUAUGGCCCACGCCAUGGCCACCGGGUUUGUUAAAUCAGGUGCUAUACGGGCCGACCGGUUGACCGCCAGCGCCCCAUCCAAUCGCAAUCUCCACAAGUUUACGGACUUGGGCUGUCACGUGACUAACAAUAGCAACGCCCUGUUCGCCCACUUGACACCCGACGCCCGGCACCGGACACUCAAAGUCAUAUUCAUAUGCGUUAAGCCGGGAGUGUUUACCGGCGCCGCCGACGACCACCCGGUCAUAGAUCUGGACCAAUACGAAGACGAGCGGCGACUGGUGGUGGUGUCGGUGAUGGCGGGCGUCAAGUUGGCCACAAUCCGCGCGCGACUGGUGGACAGACUGUCGUUUCUGCCGUCCGGUGCUGUGGAUUUGAUUCGCGUGAUGCCCAACACGGCGUGCGCUUUGAACGCCGGGUGCUGUGGUGUGUGUACGGCGCCGGCCGACGCUGUCAGUGGCCGCCAACGGUUGGACGAGUUCGCCGGGCGACUAUUGGCGCCGUUGGGCACCACUGAGUUCGUCGACGAGCGCCUGUUGGACGCCGUGUGCGGUCUGGGCGGCAGUGGUAUAGCGUUUGUCUACACUAUGAUACACGCCAUGGCCGAUGGGGGCCUGAAAAUGGGUUUACCCCGUACUGUGGCCACCAAUAUAGCCACGCAAACACUGCUGGGCGCCGCACUUAUGGUACAGCAAACGGGUCGCAAUCCCAUAGCGCUCAGGGAUGAGGUGACGUCACCGGGAGGUACGACAAUACACGGUCUGCACGCACUGACCGCCGGGGGCUUUGACUCGGCUGUGAUGGCGGCCGUAGAGGCGGCCACUAAACGCUCGCAGGAGUUGUCCGGACCCUGA